AUGGUUGCCGAAGCCUAUGUGUUAAAUAAAGAGGGUUAUGUGGCUAUUGGGUCAGAGCCUUCAGAUAAGCCAGUUUUGGCUAAAGGAAACGUCAACAUGCAGCGUUUGGACUAUCAAGCUUUAUGGGCAUGUCGAACGUCACCAAAAGAAGUAACUAGAACAACUCCAUUUCGACUGGUAUAUGGGCACGACACAGUGUUGUCAGUGGAGAUUCAAGUUCAGGCAGUAAGAACCCAAAGGCAAUAUGAAAUACCUUCUGAAGAUUAUUGGAGCAUGAUGACAGACGAACUGGUCGACUUAGAUGAGGAGAGAAUGUUAGCCUUGGAUUCACUACAAAGGCAGAAAGAAAAAUUCGCCAGAGCCUACAAUAAAAAGAUGAAAGGAAAAAUGUUUGUUGUCGACGAUCUAGUUUGGAGAGUGGUCUUGCCUAUGGAUAGAAAUGAUAGAGUUUUGGGUAAAUGGUCCCCUAAUUGGGAAGGACCGUUUAAGGUUCUGCAGGCCUUCUCUAAUAACACCUACGAGGUCGAAGAAUUGGCACCAGAUAGGCGAAUCUUAAGGGUAAAUGGAAAGUACUUGAAAAAAUAUAGGUCUCUCCUUCAAGAGGUCAAGAUUUUGACAGAACAAAUGAAUGUCGAAUAA